AUGUAAAACUUUAACCAACAAGGCUCUGAAAAUUAGCAAUAUGCUAAUCAGUAAAAAGAAAUAAAUCAAUAAAGUAAUUUUUCUUAAUUAUUUUAUUAGAUUAUACUCCAGAACAAAUCUAGGCUUAUUAUUAAUCAAGUAAUUUUUCAUAACUAUUUUAUUAGGUUUAACUCCAGAACAACUGGCUUAUUAAUAAUAAAGUAAUUUUUUUUAACUAUUUUAUUAGAUUAUUCUCCAGAACAAAUCAAGGCUUAUUAUCUUCAAUUAUAUUAGCAAUAAUUUUUAGCAUAAUAAUAAUACCAUUAAUAGGUUUAAUAAAUAUAAUCGCAAAAUGGGAUCCAAAAUCAAAUUUAUUAGGUUCCCCAACCAAUUCAAAACAACUAAAAUCAUUAACAACAAACCUAACAAUUUUCUUAUGUUCCAAAUUAAGUUUAUCCUCAAAAUUUCUAUAUUCAACAACAACCCAAUAAUAAUAAUGAAAGAUUAAGAUUAUUAACCUCUUAAAUUAGAGAAUUAGAAACAAAAAUCUAGAAUUUAGAAAAUGAAAAAGAUGAACUUCAAAAUUAGAAAAAUAAAGAAAUUAAAAAUUAUUAAACACAACUUUAAACUGAGAGAGAAAGAUUGAAAUAAUUAGAAGAAGAUGAAAAGAAAAAAGAUGAUGAUAUAUUGAAGUAUAAAUCUGACUAAUUUAAAACAAAUUUAAAAAUAAGCGAACUUGAAAACUAAUGCAAAUCACUAAAUCAAUAAUUGGUUUCGAAGAAUACUGAAAUUUAAUAGUUGAAUUAGAAUAACUAGAGAAUAUAAUAUAUGACUUAAAAUUCAAAGAAUACAACACCAGAUUAUGAGAAAUAGAUGUAACAAUUUUAUAAUCAGCAAUAAGCUUUAUUAUAAGAGGAAAAAAAAAAAUAUAAAUUAUUAAAUGAUGAGAAAAAUAGCAUUGAGGAUUAGUUAUAAUAAAAAGAUGAAAAAUUAAAUUAAUUGGAAAAACAAAUUUAUGAUUUAGAGAAUUAAGUAAAGUACGAACAUAAAAAUUUUAUGGAUGCACGAGGCGAAAUAGCUAAUUGGUAAAAAAAAUCUAAUUAUCUCAAUAAAUAAUUGGAAGAAAAAAAUUCAAAUAUUGAAAAUCUAACAAAACUAUUAAGAGAUUCAAAAUUUUAAAAUUCUUAACUUGAUAAUAGGUUAAAAGGUGAAGAAGAAUCUAAAAUUGCAUUAAAAGACCAGUUUAAUUCUAUUGAAAAUACCUAUAAAAAUUAUAUAAGAGAACUAUAACAAAACUAAUCAAGCGAUCAAAAUAAAUCAAAAUUUGAAGAUGAGAUUAAUAAAUUAAAAAAUGAAAUGUAAUAAAAUUAGUAAAAAAAUGAAGAAGAAUAAAAAUAAGCUUAAUUAUUGAAAGAAUAAGAAUAUUAGGAAAAUAAAUUAAAAAAAGCUCAGAAAGAUCAAUAAAGGUUAGAGAACAGAAAAUAAGAGAACAAGAUGAUCAAAGAAAUUAUGAUGAAGAAAACAUAAGGUUCUUUAGAAGAAUGUGGAAAAUUAGAUAUUUGUUAUGUUGUUGAUUUUACACUGUAUAAAUUUAUUAAUGAUUAUUUAGGUCUAUGUAACCAUAUGUUGAACAGGCAAGAUGCUGUGUUUAAGAAUCCUUUAAAAUUAUCAAAUAAUAGACUAAUAGAGAUACAAAUAUUUCAUCUAUUGCCUAUUAUGAUAUUGAAUAGAAACCUAAAACUGGAUCAUAUUAUCAAUUUGACUUCUCCAACAAUAUCUAAAAUUUUUAAAAAUUUAUGCAAGAUAUUAAAUUUGAAGGAGGGCGAGAUCCUCCAGAAGAUGUUAGAGGAGCUUUAGAAUAAAUGAUGAAAAAUCUCAAAUGGAAGAGUAAAUUUAAGAUAGCAAUAUUGAUAACUGAUUCUCCUUGUCAUGGCAAAAAAUAUCAUACAUAUCCUGUUGAUUUUCACCCUAAUGACGACAUCACACAAACUCUUCAUCAUUUGAUAGAAUAACAAAUCAUCUUAAUAGGUUUUAAUUUAAACGAUAAGACUACUAAAAUGUACUAGGAAUUUAAAAAGGUUUAUGAAGCUAAGAAUGCUUAAGAUUUUUUUUUACUUGUUGAUGUUGCAGGUCUUUAAGUUCAUUAGUUGGCAGAGAAAAUGGCAUCAUCCUUAGGAAGUGCUUCUGUUAAUGCAACUUAAGUUAAAUAAUCAGGAACUAAAUCAAAAAAAUAAUAAUAAGAAAGACCAAAGAAUAAAGAUGGUGCUAUGGAGGCUUUAUGUAAAUAAGGAGAUUUUUUUAAUUUUGAAUAAUAAACUAAAGUAGUAGAUACUGUAUUUACAGUUUUAAAUGUAACAAUAAAUGAUUAGGUAUUUAAUAAUAAUUUAUAAUCUAUAAAUAAUAUUGGAAAACAACCUAAUAAGGAUUAUAUAAUAAAAGAAGAAGGUAAAUGGUUUUGUAUCAGAACUGAAUUACCAUUUGCAUUUGGAAUGAUGAAAGAUGUCUUUUUAAUGAAAAAAAAGAAUGGAGGACCAGAAGAAUUAUAUGUAAUAAAAACUCCUCUUGGCAGCAACCCAUAUCAAUCAUAACUUGAGGCUAUUCAAGAAUGUAGAUCUCAUUUAAUAUGCUAAUAAUUGAUGAAAAAAUUUAAAAGUGAUAUUUCAGAUGCAUUAGAGUAAUAGAAUUUCUAGAAAAAUGAAUAUCCUAAUGUUGUUUAUAGUGACUUUUUAAUUUUAGAAGAAACCAAAAGUAUUAAAUUAUAUUUUUAUCUUUAGAUAAAUAUUGGAUAGCCGAAAGAUUUUUCAAAGGUGAAUUUGUAAAGUAUAACAAUAAUUAUGGUUAUAUUAAUGAGGAGAUAACAAAUUUAAAUAAAUUUGCUCAAGCUUUCUCAUAUUAUACAUUCUUUAUAAGUAAAGGAUAAUACAUGAUAAAUGAUGUUUAAGGAGUUGGCAAUUAUUUUACUGAUCCUGCUAUUAAUACAACCAAUGGUAAUUCAUAUAUAUAAAUAUUUAUAGGUGAUUUUGAUGAUACUGAUUUAGGAUAAGAAGGAUAGCAAAUGUAUUUAGUAAAUUUCUAAUCAAAGAAGGCAUUAGCAUUUGAAAUUUUAUCUCUUUUGAAUUAACUAAAUGAAGAUUAAGAAUAGUGAA